AUGCCAGAAGAAGAAGAAGAGUUAUCUUUAGGAUUAUUUGAAGAACCAACUGAUUUUUUACCACCACCACCACAAUCACAUUUUGCAACAUAUGAAAGAAAACUAGAAAUUGUUGAUCCAAAAUCAAUAAAAAUGAAAUUAGUUGGAAAAUCUCCAUUAUGGGGUCAUUUAUUAUGGAAUGCAGGUAUUUUUACAGCAGAUUAUAUAGAUUCACAUCCUGAAUUAGUUGAAAAUAAAAGAGUUUUGGAAUUAGGUGCUGCUGCUGCAUUACCUUCAUUAAUUUGUUCAUUAAAUAAUGCAUCUGAAGUAAUUGCAACUGAUUAUCCGGAUCCAGAUUUAAUAAGUCAUAUUGAAUAUAGUUUUAAUGAAUUAGAGAAACAAGCGAAAUUAAGUGAAUAUAAGGUUAAAGGAUAUAUAUGGGGUAAUAAUGUUAAUGAACUGAUUUAUGGAUCAAAAGAACCUUUAACAGAUGAAUUAAAAUUUGAUUUAAUAAUACUAUCAGAUUUAGUUUUCAAUCAUACAGAACAUCAUAAAUUAUUAACAACUUGUCGAAAUUCACUUAAGAGAAGCGGUAAAUGUUUAGUUGUUUUUCUGCCUCAUAGACCUUGGUUAUUAAAAGAUGAUUUAAGCUUUUUUGAAACUUGUAAAGAAUAUCAAUUUAAACCUGAAAAAAUCGAUUUAAUUAAUAUGAAACCAAUGUUUGUUGAAGAUGAAGAAACUGCAGAAGUUAGAUCAAGAGUGUAUUCAUAUUUUUUGAUCCCAGAAUGGUAA